AAUUAAUUAAUUAAUUAAUACUGCCCAAGUAUUGCCCCUGGAUAGGUCUCACAGCCACCGGGGCACAAUUACUGCCAUUAAUUACCAGGAGGUUAUAUAUGCAGCGGUAGGGCAGGAGGUAGGGCAUAGACUCACAGAGAAGAAGUAGAGAUAGCAGUUGGCCCCGCUCCAAUUAGCCUCCAAUGGCGUUUUUGAGCUUAGGAAGGUUGCCCAUAACGUAAACUCAAAAUCCAGCCCUACCAGAGUACCCCACAGUCCACAGAUAAUCCAUGGCCAUCUCUCUCUUCCUCCUCUGGGGUCGUCUCUGACCUCUCUCCAUCUCUAAUUUCUUCCUCCCUGCUACUGCUAGCCCCACACCGCACGUGCGCCUCGUCUUCGUCCUCGGCUCCGGCAGGCUUCAUGGAGCAGGGGGCGGCUCCGCCAUCGAGCACUUCCAACCCCCACCCCCACCCGCAGCACCACCACCAGUUCUAUUACGUCCCGCCGCCGCCGCCGCCUUCGCUGGCGAUGACUGCUCCUGCGGCGGCAGGAGGGCAGCCGUCGUCCUCGUCGACGGCGCUCGCGGUGCCGGAGGCGGGGAAGAAGGCUGUGGUGGCGGCGGCGGCGAAGAGGCCGCCAAGCAGGGACCGGCAUACGAAGGUCGAUGGGCGGGGCCGGAGGAUCCGGAUGCCGGCGAUGUGCGCCGCCCGUGUGUUCCAGCUGACCCGAGAGCUGGGACACAAGACGGACGGCGAGACCGUGGAGUGGCUUCUGAAGCAGGCGGAGCCGGCCAUCCUGGACGCCACCGGCUCCGGCACCGUCCCCGCCAACUUCUCCUCCAUCGCCGCCUCCCUCCGCCCCUCCAACCAUUCCUCCAUGGCCCCCAUGCUCGGAAGCUUCCCCGCCCAUGGCCAUGGCCCCCAGCAGCAAGAAUUGCAGGAUCCUGCAAUGAGGAAGAGGAACUACAUGGAGGAAGAAGGGGGGAUCUUCAAGGUCGAGGGAGUUCAUGAGAAGAAGCCCAGGAUGGAGAUGGGCCAGCAGAUGGCGAUGGCGCCGAUGUCGGCGCCUGGGGCGAUUACGGGCCCAAUGUCGUCCGCGUGGGCGGGAGGCGCCUUCUGGAUGCAGCCCAUGUACGGCGGCGCCGGCAGCGGAGGGAGCAGCAGCAGCAACGCGGCCCCAAGGCAGUUCAUGGCGUCGAGGAGCGGCGGCGGCGCCAUGGCCGGGGACACGAGCCUCGGCAUGUUCAACCACUCCUACAGCGGCCGCUCCACCGGCGGCGAGCAGCAGAAUCAGAAUCAACAGGGCCGCCCAGGAAGCAGCAAUGGCGGCGGCGGCGCGAGGCAGCAAUAAGUAAGCAAAGAGAGGAACAAGCCACGGAUCAAUCAACUGCUUAGUUUUACUUUCGUUCGAGGACAAACUGUGUUCGGUUUAUUUUUUAUGUUUCUUUUCGAUUCUAGAUUAUUUUAGCUUGCCUUUUUUUGAUUAGUUAUAAGUCCAUGGUUUGUGCUCAUGGAUCAGGUGAUGAUUAGGAGGGAGGGAGUGGGUCCAAUUGAAUCAGGCACUGUAUUGUUUAAGAUGAUCCAUAUCAAUUGAUAUUCAGAAGGCUGUUUUUUUUAACCAA